ACUGCAGUUGCAGUUGGCAACAUGGCGUCCUCAGAUGUCCACGUCCGAAUUUGUGAACAAGAAAUACUCAAAUAUGACCUGGAAAUCAAAGCUCUCAUCCAGGACCUCAAUGAGUGCAAAGGCCCUGAAAGUAAGCUGACAGAACUGAACGCAGACGUGAAAAAGAGUUUCCACAAUGUCAGGUUGCGGAUUCAGGAUUUUGAGCAGAUGGCCAUGGAGCAGGACAAAGAGUCGGAGAAGCAGGCUUUGAUCAGUCAGGUGGAGGGACACAGAAAACAGAUGCUGAGUAACCAGACAGGUUGGAGGAAAGCCAACUUGGCCAGCAAACUGUCUAUAGACAAAAUGGAGAAGCAGGCGCUUCUUUAUGGAGCAGAUAGUGCUGUGAGGGAGAGGAAGAUGACCAAAGAAGGCUUGGCCCAGACAACCAGCGACAUCACAGAGAAUCUCAUGAGCAUCAGCCGGAUGAUGGCACAGCAGGUCCAGCAGAGCGAGGAGACCAUGACCUCGCUGGCGACCUCCUCCAGGACAGUGGCAGAGACCAACGGUGAGUUCAGGACCAUGACGGGGACCAUCCAGCUCGGGAGGAAGCUCAUCACCAAGUACAACCGCAGAGAGCUCACAGACAAGCUGCUCAUCUUCCUGGCGCUCGCCCUCUUCCUCGCCACCAUUCUCUACAUCCUUAAGAAGAGACUGUUCCCCUUUCUGUAGACCAGGUACCUUUUUUUUCAGAGGAGCUCUUCCAUUACUACAUACAGCACUUUCCACGGUCAGCGCAAAUGAUUUAAACAACCCUGACUGCUGCGUGUCGUGUUACACACACAUUACACACGAGUGUCUGCUCCGAGGAAUGUGCCCCGCUCAUUCUGCUGAAGCGGGCGCUGCUGAGGGGGAAUCCUGUGCUCAAAGAGCGAAGAGAAACCCACACACCUAUGGUUCCAUGAUGUGUUUUCAUUAUUUAUUGGUCCGAAUUGUGUCUUUGGUCAGUGUGACAGUAAUGCUGUGCAUUGCUUUUAAAUGAAAUAAGUUGAGAGAGAAGAUGCACAAACCAUAAUAAUCUUUUCCUUUGUACAUUCCUAUGGACAAUAUCCAUUUCGUUUUUUUUCCAUAUGUAUAAGUAUAUUGCAUAUCAAAGAUGUACAGUUUAUCCGUAUUUAUAUGCCUAUAUUUGUAUGUACACACCCAGACUCUUAAUGUACAGAAAGUCAUUCUCAGACCCCUAAGAUACUCUUUCGGUUUGCCUCCUUUGUUUCUGUGGCUAAAGGUAAAAUGCUGACGGUGGUAAUGACAAACAAUGGUUCCAUAGAGGUUUAAAAAAAAGGCUGAGGAAAAUAAUGUAAACCCUGGUAAUAUCUAAUAAUCACAAAAAAGUUCCACCAUUCAUUUCAGUUCAACAAGCUUUGAUUGGCAUACAUGUCAUUUAAGAGUGUUUAUAGUAGUGUGCAAUACUUUCAAAUACUAUAAAUCUAUAGUAGCAUUACAUAUCACAAUGUCAAGGAUUUAUAUUGUCUGGUAUUGAAUAUAAGUAUGAACAAAAAAGUGGCACAUUCACAUAUCCUCGCUGAUGUUUCAAUCAAACUUGUUUAGAUUAUUCAGAUACUUUGCAAAUGAUGGCAACAUUCACUGUUAUUGUUAUUUAUUAGGAUGUACUGUAUACUUAAGUGAGUUUUAAUUUAUUACAGCACAACAAUGACUGAGUUCUAUAUUUAGUUAGUGUAGUGUUGAAAUGGCUUUUAGCUUCGCUGUCCAUCCGUUUGCUAAUCAGAAUGGCGCUUGCACUUGUAUAAAUGCUCUUCGAAUUGUCUAUAUGCUUUCUUCACAUAGCGUGAAAACAAAAAAUAAUAUAUCAUUUUUAAAGAGUGUGCACCCUCCCCUCCAUCUCCGCCCGGUUGAGCCCCGCUCUGCUCUGCAGCGCAGCAGAACGGCUCAGGCCGUGGCAGUGAUCACCCUGGCAGAGAUAGAGCAGCAUGCAUCCCUGCCUUUCUUCAGAUAAGACCCGGAAAAGCAGAUUAUUCCGACCCGUUUCCCUUUCCAGUGUGGGUGGAGGGUGAGGGGGGAUAUUUUUAGCUUUGUGUGGUGCUGUUAUCUGACUUUGCCUUUUCAACACCUCGGAGGAGAAGGUGGCCAGAGGAGCUACAUGACCUUGCUACCCUGUCUGCUGUCGCCUGGCAUUGCCUUUUCUGUUUAAUAUAUGUCAAUGUGGUCAGUGUUAAUCAUCAAUAAAUAAAAAGUGUUCUGACUUGAUGUUU